GUUUCCCCCCUGCACGCUCUUUGGAGCAGUCUGUUUGCCAGAAGAGGAGCAGUGAAAUACUCAGGUUACGCUCCAUGGCAUCAGAUCAGCUUAAAACGACUAUAAACGCUAUGAUUUUUACAUAAACUGGCUUUAUUUAUUUAUUUUUUUAAUUUUUUUAAUUUAUUGUUGUUGUUGCUCCUGGAGAAUGGAGAGCAGCAAGCUGAGGGCAGUGCUGCUGCUGAAGUUGCAUUUGCUGUGGAUCUUUGGGAUGUCUCUGCAGACUCACUCUGCUCCAAACCCUGAGGAUGUGAUUGACCUGUUGGCGGCCCUGAACCUGUCCCAGCACAGAGGCGGUGUGUCCAGGCUGCAGACUUCCAGCAGCUUCAUGUAUAAAAUUCGUCCCAGAGCAGCUCACCUGAUCCUGCCUCAGGAAUAUUCCCAUCGCCUUCACGCCAGAUUUCAGGGCAACAUGGGGGUGCAUUUGGUGGGACGUCAGGCUCUGAGAUCCAGCGCCACCGUUUUUUCUCUUUCCUCGACGUCCUCACCUAUUCUCCAAAUCGUCUCAUCUACCCUCGAUGACACCCUGCAAUUAAGCUUAUCUGGAGGAAGAGCUCCUGUCAGUCUUCUCUUUCCAAAAACAAAUCCUCUCUCUGGGGGGAUCUGGGUCCAGCUGGCCGUGAGCCUGGAGCCCGACAGACUGGUGUUUUUUGUUGAGUGUCAAGAUGCUGUGGUGUUACCGAUAAAAAGUGAGCACAGGGUCAGUUGGGAAGUUCCUCCAGAUGUGGUCAUUGCUCUUGGCAGCAUUCCAGAAAGCAACGACAGCAAAUUUAAUGGUUUUCUGAAGACAGCUGAAAUAUCACUGAAAGCAUACGCGAGGCGUCCGUGGAGUUGUGACAACGUUACAGAUGACCUGCCUGGGCCUCGUCACGACACACAAAGUCCAAACGCUCCAGCUGACACCAGUCAAAGUGUUCAUCUCGAUGCGUCGCUCAAUGAACGUCAAACAAACCCCUGGCUUCAGGAGCAAAGCAGCCAUCAUCCUCAGGACCUCCAGAGUGACCGGCAGCAGAGAGCGGCAGUGCUGGGGCCUCCUGGACCUCCUCAGGGGGUGAGAAGUGUCUCUCAGGCGCAGACGGACGACAGGGUGGACAAGCUGGAGAAGAGGCUGGAGGAGCUGAGCCGUAUGCUGGAAAUGGUCAAAGCUCAGAACGCAGAUCUGCAGUCCCGUGUCACGUACCUGGAGGGGUGUGAGUGUGUGAAGCGGGGGUGCGUUUGGGACGGACAUAAAGUGGAGGAGGGGCGGCGCUGGCAGCUUGACCUGAACACUGUGUGCUCCUGCACAUCUGGAGAGGUCGCCUGUCAAACUAACAGCAGAGGGUGUGAUCAGGAUGGUGGAGUGCACAAUGUGUCCUACGUCACUGUGGACGGUUGUCAGACGUGUACGUGUAAGGACGGUAACAGGGAGUGCUCUCCCCAGCCGUGCCCUCCUGCAGACUGUCCACCGAGGGAAACUGGAGACUGCUGCCAGGACGGCAGAGCUUGCACCCACUCAGGUGUCAGGUACGAGCACGGAGCCAGGUGGAGGCCAGCAGAGAGUCCCUGUGACGUCUGCUCCUGUUUGGAGGGCCGUGUCCACUGCGAGAGGGAGAAGUGCAGCCCCCCAUGUGAAAACCCUUCUGCUCCUCCACCUGGCAGCUGCUGUCCAGUCUGCCAGGGCUGUGCUGUGAAUGGACACGACUUCCCUAACGGCGCUGUGAUCCCCACAGGAGACCGCUGUCAGGAGUGUACAUGUGUGGAUGGAAACGUGGUGUGUUCAGCUUACAGAUGUCCUGCCUCGCCUUGCCCCAACCCUGUGCAUCGUGCUGGAGACUGCUGCCCACGAUGUGAGCAGUGUGAAUAUGAGUCGGAGGUGUACGUGAACGGUGAACGGUUCACAUCCAGGAGGGAUCCAUGCGUCCAGUGCCGCUGCUCUGAAAGUGAAGUAUCUUGUGAGCGGAUGGAGGCCUCCUGCCCCACACCUCACUGUAAACAUCCAGCCAAGCGCAGAGGAGAGUGUUGUCCCACAUGCAGAGAGUGUGAGUUUGACAGAAGGGUGUACGCUGAUGGACAAGUGUUCGUCCCUGCUGGGAGUGGACCCUGCCUGCAGUGCAGGUGUAAGGCUGGAAAUGUAGUUUGCCAUGAAGAAAAAUGUCCUCCAGUCCGGUGCUCCAACCCUGUUCAUGACCCACAUCUUUGCUGUCCAGUCUGCAAAGCCUGUGUAUUGGAGGGGGUGGAAUAUGAAGAAGGCUCCAGCUGGCACCCUGAGGGCCCGUGCUCCAGCUGCACCUGUGUGAACGGAGAGAUCUCAUGCACGCACGUGCGGUGUCCCCCCUCUGACUGUCAGCACCCCAGUAAGACAACAGGUUCCUGUUGUGAAGUGUGUGACAGCUGCACUUAUAACCACCGGAUCUACAGCAACGGACAGAGGUUCACGACCCCUGACCAGCCAUGCCACGUCUGCACUUGCCUGCAUGGGACCGUCGGGUGUGAGAGACAAACCUGUCCCCGGCUCAACUGCUCCAACUCCUACACGCCACCUGGAGAGUGCUGCCCUAAAUGUCAAGAUUGCUCCUUUGAAAACCACAUAUUUGUGGACGGAGAGGCUUUCCCCAAUCCCGUGAGUGUGUGUGAGGAGUGUCGGUGUGUGAGCGGAAGGAUUGACUGCCACCGACCUCAGUGUCCUCGUCCUAACUGUAACGCCCCGCUGCCUGGAACGUGCUGCAAAAACAACUGCAAUGGCUGCGGUUACGCUGGGAAAGAGUAUCCAAACGGGCAGGACUUUCAACAUCCAUCUGACCCCUGCAGGACGUGCAGCUGCAGAAAUGGGAACGUUCAGUGUUCAUCAAGGAGGUGUCCACCACCAUCAUGCUCCAACCCAAAUAUGCUCCCAGGAGACUGCUGCCCCCAGUGUCCAGACCCUCCAUCAGACUGUGUGUACGAGCAGAGGCCUUACAGACACACGGAGCGUUUCCACCCGCCGACCGACAGCUGCCAAACAUGCGUGUGCAACAACGGCUCGGUCCACUGUCAGCACAAGCCCUGCCCUUUCGCUCCGUGCUCUCACCCCGUCACGCAAGAGUGUUGCCGGUCGUGCCAAGGCUGCUCCCACGAAGGCCGAGAACGAGCGAACGGCGAGAGGUGGGACGAUUCGUCAGACCCGUGCGUGGAGUGUGUUUGUCGCGAAGGCUCGGUUCAGUGUGAGAGGAAACGCUGUCCGCCGUCCAACUGCCAACACCCGGUGCAGAGACGGUGCUGCAUGUCCUGUGAUGGCUGCUCGUAUAAUGGUAGAGAAAUUCCUGACGGCACUGAGUUCGGCGAUGACAAAGACCCCUGCAGGGUGUGCUCUUGUUACAGAGGUAACAUCGUCUUCACCAAGCUACCGUGUGAUGGAGACUGCAACCACCCAUACAAACCUCCUGGGCAAUGCUGUGGAGAAUGUGACCGCUGCUCCUAUAACAAUGCGGUUCUUCUUAGUGGACAGUCUAUCGCUGACCCGGGGGACCCCUGCUCUGAAUGUAUCUGCCAGAGUGGCUCAGUUCGAUGCGUGAGGAAGUCAUGUCCAGCGGCUCUCUGUCCUCACCCUGUCACCAACCCAUGUGGCUGCCCUGUCUGUAAUGGUUGUUAUUUCCAGGGCGUGACGUAUGCUGAUGGACAGGUCCUCCAAGGGGUAAAACAUACGUGCCAGGACUGUACAUGUUCUAGAGGUGAGGUGGUGUGUGCACGGAGAAGGUGCCCUGCUGUGUCCUGCUCCCACCCAGCUCUGGACAGCUGUGCAUGUGGAGAGUGUGACCGGUGCAACUUUAAUGGAAGAGACUGUUUCAAUGGAGAGCAAUUCCAGCAUCCUGAAGACCCCUGUCAGCACUGCACAUGUUUGAAUGGCAGGGUGCUGUGUGCAUCUGUAGCUUGUACACCCCCCACUUGUCAGCACCCAGAGACCCCUUCUGGGGAGUGCUGCCCUGUCUGCACAGGGAAGUGCUUUCAUGAGGGUGAAGAGUAUCCAUCUGGCUCCACCUUUACAUCACGCUCUGAUCACUGCUCUACCUGCUCCUGCGUGAAUGAGGUGGUGAGCUGUCAGAGGAGAUCUUGUCCAGUCCAAUGCUCACAUCCCGUCCCUUCAGAGAACUGCUGCCCUGUUUGUGACUCCUGCCUGUAUGAGGGCGUCGUCCACCAUCACGCUCACGUCUUCACUUCUCUCUUCAACCCCUGCCAGCGAUGCACGUGUGUCAGAGGCACCGUUUCCUGUGUGCCCCUCGUCUGCCCGCCAGCGCCCUGCGCUCGGCCCGUGACCCGGCCAGGGCAGUGCUGUCCAGAGUGCACAGGGUGCGUGCUGGAUGGACAGGAGUUCAGUGACGGGCAGACUUGGCGGCUGAGCUCAAACCGUUGUUUCACCUGCACCUGCCAGGGAGGUGAGGUGCAUUGUUCAUCACCUGAGUGUCCCCAGCUGCCCUGUCUGCAUCAGGUGACUGAUUCAGGAUCCUGCUGUCCUCACUGCAGAGGUUGUAUGUAUGGAGGAGAGGAGCAUGCAGAGGGCAGCAGCUGGUUCGCAGACUCCACCCCCUGCAUGACCUGUCAGUGUGUGGAUGGAGUGACCACCUGCUCUGAGGUGCGCUGUUUGUCUCCUUGUGUAAACUUCAUCAACGUGCCCGGGGAGUGCUGUCCGGUGUGUGCAGGAGAUUGUGUGUUUGAGGGCAGAGUGUACAGCCCCGGAGACAGUUUCCAACCAGCUGAUGACCCCUGUCAGAUCUGCACGUGUGAGGUGAUGCCAGACGGAGAGCAACACCUGAAGUGUUACAAAAAGCAAUGUCCCAGUUUGGUCAACUGUCCCAAGAACCAAAUCCUUUUCUCCGGACCGGAGUCCUGCUGUCCUGUCUGUGCACAGCCUCUCACCAACUGUACAACGACACUGAUUGGAAAUGAGGUGUUGGCAACAGAUGACCCCUGUUUCACCUGCCAGUGCCAGGAUCUGACAUGGACCUGCUUAAAGCAAACAUGCCCACCGCUUGCCUGUCCUCUCACUGAACAGUUCACUCUCCCAGAUUCAUGCUGCCCGGUGUGUGAAGAAUGUGUGAUCGAGGGUCAAAACAGGCGCGUGACCAGCAGCACCAGCUGGACGGACAGCGAUGACAAUUGUGUCACGUGUGUUUGUAACUGGGGCCACAUCGAGUGCAGCAUUGAAGACUGCGAACCUGCUGUUUGUGAGGAUGGCCAGAAACAAGUGAAAGUUCCGGGAAAAUGCUGCCACGAAUGCCAAGACUCGGGGGAGUCGUGUUUGUACCAGGGGUUGUUGUAUCGCUCUGAUGAGCAGUGGGAGGUGGACGAGUGCACCAGCUGCACGUGUGUGUCUGGAGACGUGCACUGUAGGAGCGAACGCUGCCCUCCGCUCACAUGUGCAGCCGACGAGAUGCUUGCAGUCAUUCCAGGCUUGUGUUGUCCUCACUGUCUCCCUCGUCCGGCUACCUGCAUCACCUUCGGCGAUCCUCAUUAUCGCACCUUCGAUGGCCGCAUGUUCCACUUCCAGGGAGCGUGCACGUACGUCCUGACGCAGGACUGUUCAGGCGGAGCCUUCAGUGUUCACGCUACAAAUGAUAAUCGUGGACGUAACGGAGUGUCCUGGACUAAAGAGGUGACGGUCUUUCUCGGAAAUGUCACCGUGCAGCUCCUCCAAGACUGGGUUGUUAAGGUAAAUGAAGAGAUUGUGGCGUUGCCUUUCCUUAGUGAGCCGUACGUCUUUGUAGAGCGACAAACCAACACCGUCCUGCUCAACACCAACAUUGGUCUGAAGGUGCUGUGGAGACCUCGCUCACACCUGGAAGUGAGCGUGCCGGGUUCAUUCAAGGGUCAAACCUGUGGUCUCUGUGGAAACUUCAACAGCUUUCACCAGGAUGACCUCCAAAUGCCUAACGGCCAAAUCAGCCAAUCAGAAGCGGAGUUUGGCAACAGCUGGAGAGUGACCAACGGAAACCACGCCCUCUCUUCCUGCCAUCCCGGCGAGGAUGUUGGUCCCUGUAGAAGUGCAGGAUACCAGGCCAAAAAGGGGGCGAACGCUCGCUGCAGAGUCCUGAAGUCUGCUGCCUUCAAGCCCUGUCAUCGAGUCAUCCCCCCUGAACCGUGGUACGGCGCCUGCGUGUACGACCUCUGUGCCUGUGGAUCCAACUCUGACGAGUGUCUGUGCGACACGCUGGAGGCAUACGCCAGUCAGUGCAGAGAGGCCGGGGUCGUCCUGCAGUGGAGGAGCGCGUCGCUGUGUGCUGUAGGCUGCCCGGUGGAGAGGGGCUUCGUGUUUGACGAGUGCGGCCCACCGUGUCCCGUCACGUGCUUCAACGUCGACGUGCCGCUGGGCGUGAUAGAGAGCCACUGCUUCAAGCCCUGUGUCCCGGGCUGCCAGUGUCCCGCUGGUCUGGUUCUGCACAACAGCUACUGCAUACCCCCAGGGAAGUGUCCAAAAAUCAUCCACGGCCACCAGUUAUGAUCCCUGAGCUGCUCAGUCACAAAAACACACAGAUUUCUACACUCACGUGUACCGCAUCCCCUGUUUUCUUCAUGUUUUAUUCCAAAAACAGGAAAAAUAUCCAGCUGCACCUCGUGGAUUUUACAUAUUGACCCAAGAUGUUGGUUUAUGUAGCACUGAGUGUUUAUAAAACACGCAAUUUAAUGAUCAUUUUUAUUUUCACUAUUUUUUUUUUGUUUUGUUUUUGUUUUUUUUACAGUGUAGCAGAUUUAACGCCAGUAAAAAAUAAUUUGUUUACUGUGCAGCUUAAAAGUAUGUGCAAUGUCUGACUGUAUGUACAAUAAUUAACAAUCUCAGGUGCUCUUCAUUUGUUAGUUCACAAAUAAACAGAAGCUUGACUA